AAAAAAAGAAGCCAUAUACGUGAGAAUUGAGAAGGAGAGGAAAACAAGGGUUUGGGGAAGCUUGUCACUGUGAGAGAUUGCAACCGGAACCAAAGCGAAUUUUCGAUCAGAACUCCUUAGAGCUAUCUUCAAUCCAAGAGAUAAGUUGAGAUGGCUGGAAGAAAUGACGCUGCGAUUGCUGCUGCAUUGGAGGCUAUGGCUCAGGCUUUGGGAAAUCAGCCGAACAUCGGUGAGAAUGCUGGAUCUCGCAGUUUGGCUACCUUCCAGAGAGAGAAUCCGCCUGUCUUCAAGGGUACCUAUUAUCCUGACGGUGCAAUGACUUGGUUGAAGGAGAUCGAGAGGAUCUUCCGUGUGAUGGAUUGCACUCCGAGCAAAAGGUUCGGUAUGGCACUCACAUGCUAGCGGUGGAAGCUGACGACUGGUGGUUAGAGACUCGUCAGAGGUUGGAGGUUGCUGGUGAGGAAGUGACGUGGGCUAUAUUUCGUAGGGAGUUCCUGAGGAAGUACUUUCCUGAGGAUGUUCGUGGCAAGAAAGAGAUCGAGUUCCUUGAGCUGAAACAAGGAAGCAUGUCGGUCACUGCUUAUGCUGCGAAAUUUGGCGAGCUGGCUAAGUUCUAUCAGCAUUAUGAUGGACCAACUGGAGAAUUCUCGAAGUGCAUCAAGUUUGAGAACGGGUUGCACCCAGAGAUCAAGAAGGCUAUUAACUAUCAGAAAAUUCGAGUAUUUGCUAAUUUGGUGGAUAGUUGCCGAAUCUAUGAGGAAGACAACAUUGCUCACUAUAAGAUGAUUAGUGAGAAGAGGAAUAAGAAUCACCAAAACCGUGGCAAGCCGUAUGAUGCUCCAGUUGGGAAAGGUAAACCGGAAGUUGAUGAAGGCCGUCAGGGCCAGAGAUCUAGUGGGGGAGAUGCUCCUACUAAUGUGACUUGUUUCAAGUGUGGGAAAACUGGGCAUAAGAGUAAUGUGUGCACUACCGAAGUGAAAAGGUGUUUUCGUUGCGGAAAAUUUGGGCAUGCACAGUCGGAGUGCAAGCACAAGGAGGUGAUUUGCUUCAAUUGUGGCGAGGAAGGACACAUUAGUAGUCUGUGUCAGAAACCGAAGAAGGCAAAAAUCGGUGGAAAAGUGUUCGCGUUGGUUGGGGACUCAGAAAAUUAAUGAGGACAAGCUUAUAAGAGGUAAUGAAGACUAAAGAUUUAGUAGCUGUAGUUCGAGUCGGUGUCGUCGCUCUGAUACGUAACACUCGGGGGGAUGAACGCUCAUUUACAAUUAUAAUUGUUUUGCUAUAUUGAUGAAUUUUGUAUUGGUUUUGCUAAACCUCUAUUAUUUUGAAGUUGAUCUUGAUUUAGACAAAGAUGUUACCAUUUUGAUUUGAAAUUAAGAUU